AGGGUUUUUUCACACUUUUGUAAACAACAUGGCGAUUCACGGACCUGCUCUGCUAGCAGACUGAUCAAACACUGUGUUCUCAGACCUCCGGCUCUCUAGCUUUGUGAGGGGUUUCUGUUAGACGGUGCGGAAGUUGUACACCGAGCACACGGUCCAGUACGCGGAGAAACGACAAAGAGGUGGACCGACGAGCUGUCAAGAAGAUCGUUUGACAGUCCAACGGCCAUCUUCAGUCUAUGGGCUCACAGUCCAGUUCUGGGAUGUCUGGUGGAAGGGGCUCUUCCAGUGGCAACCCAGGAGAGCAGUCUGAAGCGACAGAAUCAAACCAGGGCGGCAGCAGCAGCCGAGGCCGCAGGACGGACAGGCAGUCUUCAUCAGAGGAGGACGUUGACUUAGCAGAAGUGCUGGCUUACUUACUGAGAAGGGGUCAGGUAAGACUGGUCCAUGGCAGUGGAGCCACGGGGCUGCAGCUGGUCCAGUCGUAUUCUGACUCUGAUGAAGACAGCGAUGGAGCCUGGGAUGGACGGCUGGGUGACCGCUAUAAUCCACCAGUGGACACCCAACCUGACACACACGAAGUGGACCGGAGUGAGAUCCGCACUCAGAUCCUGCUGGCCACCGCCUCCUCUUCCUUGAAAGGCUAUCGCAGUUUCACCCGCAUGCUAGCAGAGAGAGAAAAAGGCAGAUGUAGAGGCUCCAGUUUUUCCCACGGAGAGUGCAGUCGUAUCCGUACGCAUUUCCUGCCAAACUAUGUGUCCCACAAGGAUACAUACCAGCAGAAAGCCUUCUGUGGAGUGUACAGCGAGGAUGGCAACAUGUUCCUCUCCGCCUGCCAAGACCAGAACAUCCGCUUGUACGACACCAGUAGGGGGCGUUUUCACCUGUGGCGAACGGUGAAGGCCCGUGACGUGGGCUGGAGCGUGCUGGAUGUCUGCUUCACCCCCGAUGCACACCACGUGCUCUACUCCAGUUGGUCUGACUACAUUCAUAUGUGCAGUAUAGAUGGAGACAGUGAAAACCACACCGCCCUGGACCUCAAUCCAGAUGAGAGGAGGUUCUGUGUGUUCUCGCUGGCUGCGUCCACAGAUGGCAAAGAGAUCCUGGGAGGAGCAAACGACGGCUGCCUUUACGUUUUUGAUCUUGAGCAGAAUAAACGAAUGUUGAAGGUUAGUGUGUCUUUGUGUGCAUUUAUGUCUUUUUGCUCGCGCGCCGCCUUGGCCGUGCCCGUUUCAGCAUCACGUUUGUCUUAUUUGCGCUUCAUCCUUCGGUCAAGGUUAGCCAGAUGCAGCGGAGGUGACGCUCGCUACCUGAUCAGCAACUCGAAGGACCAGUCCAUCAAGCUGUGGGAUGUCAGGAAGUUCUCGCCCAAAGAGGGGCUGGCAGCUUCCCGUCUGGCUGUCACCCAGCAAAACUGGGACUACCGCUGGCAGCAAGUUCCCCAGAGAGCCCUGAAGAGACACAAGCUGACAGGCGACACCUCAGUAAUGACCUACCGAGGUCAUGGUGUCCUCCACACCCUGAUACGCUGCCGUUUCUCACCAGAGUUCAGCACCGGGCAGAGAUUCAUCUACUCCGGCUGUUCUACGGGCAAAAUCGUCAUCUACGAUGUGCUGACCGGCACGGUGGUAACCAGACUGGUGGGCCACGACGCGUGCGUGAGAGAUGUCAGUUGGCACCCGUACGAGGACAACAUCAUCAGCAGCUCUUGGGACGGAGCGGUUCGAAUGUGGGAGCACAGACAAACUCAUCCCCUAGACGAGGAGCGAGACACGGCAAGGAGGAGGAGGAGAGGAAGGGAGCUGUUGGAGGAAGUGAUGUCACCACAGAGGAAGGCAGUGAGCUCAGAAGGCCUGGGAGAGACUUGAGUAUCUGCUAACGUUAGUGCGGAAUAUUAGUGAUUCAAAUGAAAGUGUGGCUGAGAAAAGUUCACUGGGAAGGCGCCUGAGCCUCGUGCUGUCCAGUGCCGAUCAGAACACGGCGGGAUGGCUGUUGCCGCCUGCAGCUGUUUUUCUGUUUUUUCCCCCUCUGUUUUUUUGUUUUUUGCCUCAUGUCUUGCACAGAAUAAGGAGGCCAGAGCUUUUUCAAUCCAGCCUGGGACAUUUUACUCAAAAUGCGCUGAAGCUGCACUUAACGAGCUGUUGGAAUGAAACAAUAAGUUAGUGAUUAUAUACAUAUAUAUAUGGAAAAAACAACAACUUUGGAUGUUGCAGGGGAACGUAAUGAUGAUAAUUUUGUAAAAAUGUAUAGAAUUUUAAUUUGUUUGUGUGUGUGUGCGUGCGUGUGUGUUCAGGGAGUGUAUUUAGAUUGUCGUCAGUGUCCUGAGUCUGUUUGGACUCUGCUGUUAUGAAUAACACAACACAGGUUGUGUCCUAUUUUAGGGAACAUCUACCUUUGCAGACUCAACAUAUAGUCAUAAACAUUUUUUUUCCAGUUGCCAAACUCAUGAAGCUGAUAAUUGCGUUAGCUUUCCUGAGUUUAUUCAAAACUCGACAGGCUCAAGGAAGUUUCACAGUCAUUAUUCGACCUGGUCUGCCUCAUCAGAAAGAGUUUGAAAGUUUUCGCUGUUAUUCUGAAUCCUCUGUAGGCUUCCUCAAGGCUAAUGUUAACUCCCUGUCCCUCAGACACAGCAAUAUUCUCGUUCCAGGGUCAGCACUCAGUGUAAUUUUUGGCUAAAUGUAAGCCUGUGAUUUGAUUCAAAGAUUUGAUUGUGUGUGAUUAAUGUGUUCAAGUCAGCACUUUGGGGAACACGCACAUGGUUUCAAAAUGAUCUGUAUAUGCAAUUUUCAGGUGUUUAUAUCAAAGCUCAUAUUUCACUCUCAGACUUUGCAGUUAUAAUAAAAACCUUUCUUCAAACGUA